AUGGGUUUAAUGGCUUUCAACAGGUACAUGAGGAUUUGCAAAUCGGAGCAGCAGUACAAGAGAAUCUUUUCACCGUGGAAGUCUCGCGGCUUGCUUGCCUGUGUGUGGAUUUUUGUCGCUUGUUAUACUGCUGCACCGAAGUUAGCUGGUGUUCAGGAUUUUGUCUUCGUCCCGGGAUAUGCCCUUUGCGCUCCAGCCCACCUGAGCGAAAUUGGGAAAAUGUUUCACUAUGCCUUUGUAGUCAUAUGUUUCCUGUUAAUCCCGUUACUAACAGCAAUAUUUAGUUACAUAAAAAUUGCAAAGACGAUCCAACAGCACAACGCCGAUGCGUCAACUACAAUCCAGAGACGCGAAACAUUCAGCCACAUUACUACGAGUGAGAUCAAGAUAAGUAAAUCUCUUUUUGCAGUAGUGCUGGCGUUCAUGAUAUGCUGGAUCCCAUUUUGGCUUAUCGUUCUUUUGAGACGCUUUCGUCUCGUCGCGACGAUACCACGUAAUGUCGAACUCCUCUGCAAUUUUUGUAUGUAUUUCUCUAAUACAGUGAAUCCGUAUAUGCGGGGAUGA